AUGUCUUGGAGUGAUCAAUCAAUUGCUCCACUGCUACUCGUCUUUUCAUCGCCCGACCUAUCGAAUGCGACACUAUCAUGCGCGUACACGGGUGUGCGCAUGUUCACCCUCCGACAAGGUACCCAUCCGUACACCCAUCGGCGUACAGGGAGCGGUCCGCGCCGGGUACGGCUCCCACGUGCGGUGUUGGAGGACGCCGAUAGCAGGGCGAUCGCGUCGCUCGAGUGCGACUCGGAUGGCGCCCCAUCCGAGAUCUGUAUAGCUGGAAGCAAGAGUAUCCCAAUCAGUCAGCUAUUCGAACCCGCGCUCACUUGGGACGAUCUGAGCGCACCUCGCGAGAAGGGGUUUCAACUGAGCGCAUGCACUGGAGGGCUGUGGCACAUAAGCCGAUUACGGAUCCGCCUGUUGGAUUCAGUGAGCUAUGCACCGCGCGCGAAGUUCUAUCAUAAUCAUGUUUUACACCGUGACGGCCGCCUGGAGCCGGCAACGGGGAAGUCCCAAGGGCACGACUUCCUGUGGGUCAAAGACAGCCGAGAGAGUUUGGCAGAGAUGAUAGUGACUUUCGUCUUGCUAGAACAUGCACGACGCGUGGUGUACCAGGCGAGCACAUACCAGCCGCAACCCCCGGCACCAGUCUCCCCCUCACAACCUAGGCUGAGAAAGCACCUCUCAAAUAUCUCAGCGCACUUAUUGCAUCUGACGAAGCCGCGAUGCCCUCCUGUCGAGGAACCUUGGAAUGACCUUGAUGGGAACGAGUUGGAGACCGCGCAUGGACGUUCGACGUAG